UAUCAAAUAAAUUAAUUUAAUAAACCACUAUGCCAACUUGGAAUCAAAUACAAUCACAAUUAAGAAAUCCCAAUAACCCAGUGGUUUUCUUUGAUGUCUCGGUGGGAACAACGGAAAUUGGCCGCAUGAUAUUUGAAUUAUUUGCCGAUACCGUACCCAAAACCGCAGAGAAUUUUCGACAAUUCUGUACGGGAGAAUAUCAACCGGAUGGUGUGCCACUGGGCUAUAAGGGAGCCAGUUUUCAUCGUGUCAUCAAAGAUUUUAUGAUACAGGGUGGGGAUUUUGUGCAUGGUGAUGGCACCGGCGUUAUGAGCAUUUAUGGCAACACAUUUUCCGAUGAAAAUUUCACGCUGAAACAUGAUAGUCCCGGCCUGCUAUCAAUGGCCAACAGUGGCAAAGAUACAAAUGGUUGUCAAUUUUUCAUUACAUGUGCAAAAUGUAAUUUCCUCGAUGGCAAACAUGUUGUAUUCGGACGUGUCUUGGAUGGCCUGUUGAUAAUGCGUAAAAUUGAAAAUGUACCAACAGGGCCGAAUAAUAAACCCAAGUUGCCAGUUAUUAUAUCACAAUGUGGACAAAUGUAAAAG